AUGGCCAACUACAAGCAGAGCGUGCGGCCUCAGAAGACUGUAGGCUCGCAGUCGCAGUCGUCAAUGCCCAAGCAGAAUGGAAUGACCGGAUCAUCCAGUCUAGCAUUCGUGGGAACGAUGUUGGAAGCUGCUCUCGGGACCUUCCUAUACUUGAGGUACAUCUUCCCCGACGACUACUUUGAGACGAUGGAGCUCCGCAAAGACGUCUUACCCGUCGAAGCUGCACCGACCGGCGACACACCCCUGGAGACGAUGAUCCCGGAGGACAGCCAGGUACCGGUAUCUCAUCAGGUGCCAAAGCCGCUCACAACUAAGCGGGUGAUUGGGAACAGUGAGGGGUCGAAGCUGUUCCUAUCGCGACUGAAUGGCAUCACCGAAGCGGUCGGCCUUGGCUAUAUCCGCAGCUUCAUCCUCUACGUUGUGCUCGACCCUGGAAGACCAAACCAGGUACUCGAGACGGUCACCUUCAAUUUCUCAUACGAUAUCUCCGGGCCGAGCUGUAACUUCACCCGAGACAAAACACGCGGGCAGGACGGCGAGGUCACAUCUCAGUCCACCUUUCCGUCCAUGACCCAGCAGCAGAUGUACCAGACCAUGAAGUCGGUGUUGAGGGACUUUGUCAAGGAGAGUCAGGAUCUCCCAGAUCUGCCAGAGAAGAGAAGCCUGAACUUCAAAGUCUUCUACACCGACUCUGCCCCUUCUAAAUAUCAAGUCAAAGGGUUUGAGGAUGCAACGGACGAUGGAGGGCUGGUGUUUGGUACGCAUUCGCGAUAUGAGAUGCCGGCGGAGAUGUCUUCGCACGAGAUGCGGACUGGAUUCCAUGGUGUCACCGCACGUAUCGCCACCAUCGCAGGCUACCUCCGGCCCGCUACCGACAUCCAGGCCCUGGCGGAAGCUCCCCAUGUUAGGUCGGAGACUGAGAAGGAUCAGGCGUACGAGAGACAUCUCGAUGAUGCAGAUCGUCGAAACGUGGCGUGGGAUGCCGAAGCGAUGGCGGUCGACUCCACAGGCGCCAUCACCGCCCCGAUCGGGAUCGAGAGCCAGGAUGGACGGAUACACGAGCUUCCAGAGAGCGAGGUACGCUCCGAGGCGGACAGUGAUGAGGGUCAUCAGCGGAUUUAUGCGCAUGGACACGGCGAGAGGCGGACAAAUUUAGCUUUGGUCCCCACAACACAGCCAUGGGGCAUGAGCGAUCUAUUCGUUGCAACCCAGGAGGCGGGACUUUUCAAUCAAGGCCCGAGCAGUCAAGACACCGAUAUCGUCCACUCCGAUCCUGACAGCCGACACCGCCAGCAAAGCGCCCAAGUCACGGGCAGUCUCUCCCAGAUCGGUCCUCGCCCCAACAACUCGGGUUCCGAGAACGACAGCCGCUCCAAUCCCGAAGCCGGCCUCAUAUCGAGUGACGAACACACCGAUCCGUCAAGUCAAGAAUUCGCCACCGAGAAGGACAGCUUCCGACCUGCACCCAUGCUCUCCUUAUCGGCUCCGAAACCCAAGAAGACUGCUUCACGCACCGCUACGGGCCUCACGUCCCGGACGGACCUCAUCAAGCGUUCGAGUAAGCCCAAGAAGGCUGCUAAACCGAAAGAGCCUGCGAAGCCCCGCGAAAAGAAGACCAAGGCGGCCCCUACCGCAACUAAGGCAACGACAACCGGGACGACUAAGCGUCGUGCCAAACCUCCCAAAUCGAGCUCAGAAAGUCCGACGAGUGGGAGCAGUACCACGAAAGUUUCGAACCGCAAGAAGACGACACCGGCGAAAGACAAAAUCAAGGCGAGAACGCAGCCAGCCAAGGCGCGCAGUGCUACACCGGCGGCUCGAUCGGUUCGAGGGGAUGGCGAUGAAGAAGAGGGAGAAGUCCGGUGUGAUUGCGGGGUAGAGUACGAAGAGGGGCAGUCUGAAGAGGCGAUGAUACAGUGCGAUAGCUGUGAUGUCUGGAAGCACUCUGUCUGCAUGGGGAUCCUCCGACCUCUGGAGCAGGAUAUCUUCUUCUGCCCCAUGUGUCGGGUGGAGCAGCUCGAGGUUUCGGAGAGCCUCAAGGCCGAGAGUCAAGGCUGUUUACACAGUCUCUGCUUGCUCAGGCAGAUACUCGUCAUGGUCAGAAUGCACAAUAAGAAUGCGGAAUCGCUGAUAUCGAAUCACUCAUCAGUCGCCUUCUUGACGAGGGGCUACUUGUCAGCGAGAGGAGCGCCGGCUAUCCUGCGCUAUGUUCAUGACGAGAAUACAAAGACGAUUUUUUCGGCUUACUUCAGGAGUGGCGGAAAGAAGGAGCGGGAGGAGCUGCCCGGUCUGGCUGGCGCAUCGCAACUCCCCUCUUCCCAGAUCCCCAGCUCGCAGUAUACGACCUCGCACUUCGGCAACUCCCAACGCGCACGAUCCUCCCACUUCCAAGCCUCAUCUCGCCGCUCCCAAUCCCGACAGCCGGAUGCGGACAACGAUGUCGACGUCGACAUGGAGAUGGACCCCCACAAUCAGAGCACUACCCAGCUAUCUCUCCGGCCUUCCGGCAUCACAAAUCUCGAUCCAAUCGAGGAGAACUCGACGUACCCUCUCGGCCAAGGCACACUGGACAUGGACGUCGACGAUACGAUCGAGCAGACGGAUACUGCGUCGGCGCUGGCAGGGCGGAGAUUCGAUCGGAAGGGCAAGAGAAAGGCGGAGGAUCUGAUGAGUGGGCGGCCCUCGGCGCGGAUCAGGUCGGCGACAGGUAAGGGGUUCAUCGAGUGUCCUUUCGUGGAGAUUUAG